UCGGUUCUUCCAGCUUUGAUUUCUUCAAUUCCCAGCCAAAUUGCCGGAACUUUCAGGCUCGCGGCUGUGGAGGAAGGAAAGAGGGGAGAGGAAAUGGGGAAAAUCAAAGUCGCACUGAUUGUAAGCUUGUGGGUGAUACCCGUAUCGAUUCUAGUCAGUCGCAUUGUUCCUGAGCCUUACAUGGAUGAGAUAUUUCACAUACCUCAAGCUCAACAGUACUGCAGAGGGAAUUUCAGGAGUUGGGAUCCAAUGAUCACCACUCCCCCUGGCUUGUACUUUGUUUCACUUGCUCAUGUUGCCUCUCUGUUUCCAGGGCUAUUCUCUGUGCAGCUGGCCUCAUCAUUUUCAGAAACUUGUUCCACUCCAAUUUUGCGCUCCAUCAAUGGUGUUUUGGCUGUAAUUUGCAGCAUACUUGUUUAUGAUAUAAUCACCCAUCUAUCUCCAGGUCUUAGUGACAGGAAAGCAACUCUUCGAGCAGUUGUCUUAGCUUUGUAUCCCCUUCAUUGGUUUUUCACCUUUCUUUAUUAUACGGACAUAGCAUCACUAGCUGCAGUACUUGCAUCAUACCUUAUGAGUCUCAAGAAGAAUUAUCCAUUCAGUGCCUUGCUCGGUGCUUUGGCUGUGCUUGUACGACAAACAAAUAUUAUAUGGGUGCUAUUCAUAGCAUGCACUGGGGUUUUAGAUUUUAGUAUUGCUCAUCGGAAGGACAACAGGGUGUAUGCUGACUUCAAAGUAGUUCAGGAAGACACUUUGUCAUCCUCUAGUCAAAGUUCCACCAUGGGCUCGAACGUGAGAAAACGAAGAACUGCUAGUCAUGCAAAUAGGAAAAGCCAUUUGAAUGGCCAAACAACUGCCAGUUCCACACACCAUAUAUCAGAGCAUACCGAGUUGUUUGAUGAGAUAAGGGAAGUUAUUUCAUCAUCAUGGCAGAUGAAGUGGGAUCUUUUGGCUUCCUUUAGUCCAUUCUUUAUAACUUUGGUGGCUUUUGUCACUUUUGUUUAUUGGAAUGGCAGUAUAGUUCUUGGUGCAAAGGAAGCUCAUGCUGUUUCCCCACAUUUUUCACAAGUUCUGUAUUUUAGUUUGGUUUCUGCCAUUUUUAUGGCACCUGUGCACUUCUCGUUUGGGCAAUUUAUACUGCUAGUUCAGUCAUUCUGGAAGAAUAAACUGAUCAGCCUCUUUAAAUUGUCCGUGGCAUUGGCUGCCGGCUUAAUCUCUGUGCACUUUUUCAGCAUUGCUCAUCCGUAUCUCCUGGCCGAUAAUCGACAUUAUCCCUUUUAUCUUUGGAGAAAAGUCAUUAAUCGUUACUGGUUCAUGAAGUACCUUCUUGUUCCAAUUUACAGCUAUCUGUGGCUUUCGAUCUUGAGUAUCUUAGUAAAAAGUCAGAAGAAGAUAUGGGUGGUGGCAUACUUUUUGGCGACUGCUGCUACCCUUGUUCCUGCUCCACUGAUAGAAUUCAGAUACUAUACCAUUCCAUUCUUCUUCCUGAAUCUCCAUUCCCAUGUUAAUGAUGACAGAAGUUGGAUUCUGAUGGGGCUGCUGUAUGUUGCUGUUAAUUGCUUCACAAUGUUCAUGUUCUUGUUUCGACCAUUUUCUUGGACCCAUGAACCUGGUGUACAGAGGUUUAUAUGGUAGCCAGAUCCUGAAGAGUUCAAAUGGCAUUUAACCAAGCUUUAUAUGUUGUUAGACAUCUGCUAGCAUCAUAAUCAGUGUUCGUUCUUGGUUUAGGAUGCAACAUCUUGUUCCCAACUCCACACUGGCAAAUCUGGUCUUCAACCAUCAAUUUCUUACUUCAUUAAAUGUAGUUUGGUCCUAUACAACCAAGCCCAAAGUGUUUUUGUCUGAAGGGGCAUAGGGAAAACAAAUAGUGAAAUCCGGAUUUGGUUUUUCUUUUUUGUUGGGACAAAAAACUAAUUGUAUCAAUACUGGAAAUUGUCUUCAUUAUGAUAUGAUUACUGUAGGAAACAAAUCUCUAAGCUGUGCACCAGUCAGAUUUAACUUCUGAUUUCUAAUUUGGAGGUCUCAUAUCUUUUUGACAUUUCUUUAAGAAUUGGCAGACAUCCCUUUUGUUAAACUCAAUCAUUUGCAUCUGUUUUGAAUCAAAAGUUCAUGAAAAUUGUGAAAAGACUCUCACUUUUCAGAUUGUUAGAAUCCAUGAGAACAGUUUCAGCAUUAUUUGAGUGCAGCAUACUUGCAUAAUUUUGCUGUAUUCUCUUGCAGGCUGCUUCGCUGGAUGUCAGUCGGUUCCAGUGCACUAUUGACUUCUCCUAGCGAUACAGAUAUGAAGUUCCUUGCAUGAUAGUCUCUAGAUACCGAACUGCUGUUACAUCUUUUCCAACAGGAGUGCGAGCAGUAUUCAUCACAGAAUGCACUAAUCCUACUGGCACUUAAAACACUAAUUACGGUAAGCUAUGUUAGCGUUGUCUCCUUCUAUGUGGUCCUUAAUUUAAUAUGCGGAUUUUACUCGGGAUGAUAUAUAGAUUGCCAGUUCUUGCAGUCACUGAUCUUGACAUCGCCUCUCUGACCGCUAAGCCUUGAUGGUGAUGAGUAUGCUUUCUAGUUUUUAUACAUGAUCAAGUUUCAGAAGAUUCACAUGAACCCUGCAUGCAAAUACUAAGUCUCACGUUGUACUCUACGGUGUUGAAAGUUGCACGUACGUGUGACAUCGUGUCAGGGUUUGGUACUUCUUACUUUGAUUCUAAGAAUAUACCAACUAGGAAUUGUCUUGAACCACCAAAAAUCUCCCAAAAUAUUGUCUGACUUUCACAACUUGCAUGCCUAGAACUGCAUUAAAAAAAACCACCAAUUAGGAAAGAAAGCCUUUAGCUUACCAA